GUGGGUAGAUCUCAGGUUUCGAUGUAGAUGUAAGAUCGCUCAGCUUCCACUUAUCUUUAUUUUUUUUUAUAUUAAAAAAAUAAGAGCCGCGAUUUUAGUUUAAACGGUGAUCAUCUUUGUCAUGGAGAGGAGGAUUUUUACCUUGGCCGUGCUUUGUGCGGUGUGGUCAUCUACUGCAGCCAUCAAUGUAGAUAUCCCUAAAGAAGCGUAUGAGUUUGCCCGAGGAGACAACAUCACACUUCCCUGCACAUUUCAAAGUGUUCUAUCCCAAAUACCCCUGGCCAUAAUCUCUUGGUCUGCUGACGGUCCACAAUCUGAUGCAGAUAACCUGAUACUUACCCACUAUCAUCCCCAAGGAACCACAGACAUCAAGAAAAAAUUUGAAGGACGGGUGGCUGUAGAUGUUAAAGUUAAUGGCGCUUCUGGGAAAGCUGACCUUAAGCUUUCCUCCAUCAUACUAGACGACAACAAGGAAUUUGACUGUGAAGUUCAGAUCCCCUCAGAUGAUGAGGGAAAAUCGAUUGAUGCAACACGUUUGACUGUUCUAGUGGCUCCAUCUCCUCCCAUCUGCAAGAUACAAGGUAAAGCAGAAUACGGCCAAAACAUCAACAUCACCUGUAAGUCUGAGGAAGGGUCUCCUCCUCCCAUUUACAAAUGGGAGAGUCGUGAUGUGAGGAACGCGCUUCGUGCUCCAUGGCCAAGGACCACUGAUAACGGAGGGAUCCUGUCCCUAUAUAACAUCUCCAAAGAAACCUCUGGAUUCUACGUCUGCACAUCGAGCAACAAAAUUCGUUCUGCUACCUGCAACAUAACGCUCACAGUCAUGCCACCAUCCAUGAAUGUUGGUCCAAUUGCAGGGAUCAUUGCAGGAGUUGUUUUGGCUUUGAUCUUAUUCAUCGUUAUUAUCUAUUGCUGUUGCUGCCGAAAGAAGGACAAGGACAAUGAAGAAUAUACUAUGGCACGAGUUAAUGAUGAAGACAAGGAGGUUGUUGAAAAUGGUGGGGGUCGCAGCGUUGAUGGGAAGGGGAGCCCACGAGACUCCAGAGUCAGCAAACCAGUUGAACGACAAGAUGACUAUGAGGAGAGGAGUGAGCGCAACUAUGAUCGCCGCAGCGACUACGACGACCGCAGAAGCGACUACGACGACCGCAGGAGCGACUACAACGACCGCAGAAGUGACUACGACGACCGCCGGAGCGACUAUGACGACCGACGCAGCAAGCACAGUGACCGCCAUGAGCGCUACGAUGACGACCGCCGCUAUGAUGAGCGACGUUACAACGAUCGCAGAGAUCCUCGCUCUGAUGAUGACCGCUAUGAUGAUCGUGACAGACCCUAGAGGAACUGGAAUGAGGUGACCAGGACCAUCCAUGUGCAUGAAAUCAGAAGAUUCUCACUUUUUGCUUUUUUGUUUGUUUUUUUAAAUCCCUAUACACAAAUUAUUUACCUUAAAUUAUUUUCCUGGGAUUUUACAACUUAACACAAAACAUUUUGCUUGAUCAGUCAUUAAUCAACAAGUGGACUGGGGGGGCAAAGAGCAGCUGCAGAAAAAUAUCAAAUUGAUGAGCUGUUCUGAACUGUACUAUUGAAUAUUGACAAAAAUUUAAUUAAUACAAAUUUUAUUUGCUCAAAUAACGAUGUACGUGUGAGCUAACUAGACCAUGAAAUAUUAACUGAUCUUCACAGGAUUUUAUUUUGAGGAUCUAUUUGUAAAGAUACAUUUUCACAAAAUAUGCUUUGAUGCUUACCUUAUUUUGGAGUCAUAUAAAGGUGUUCUAUUUGGUUUUGUUGUUUUUUUUUAAUAGGUGUUUCUCUUUGGGUUCUAACUAAAUGUAAUAUUUUAUCACUUCCUUGUUAGAGGCAUUGUAUACAAAUACCAAGGCUGUAACAAAAUGCUGUAAUAGUUAAGGAAGUAUGUGAACAGAUUACUUGGCAUUUUAGUUCACUUUUGUUUUUUUGGUUUUGCUACUGGGUGUUAAAGAAGGUAACUUUUAAGUUAGAAUUAUUUUAAAGGCUACCUUCACAGCAGGGAUAAAGGCUUUAUGUUGGUGCAUUUAAAUGUUUUAUUUAGACCAUGGGUAUUGCCCUUUGUAUGAUGUACAAAUGUAACCUUUAAUGCUCUUGGUGUUGGCAGUUUCCCUCUUUAACCACGCUAUAAAAACAGGAAAUAUAUCUUCAGCUGAAUGUUGAAAUUAUCCUUACUCUCUUAUCCUGUUAAUGUUUUCUGUGAUUUUGCUGUUUUUUUCUGUUUGAGAUUCCAACAUUCAAUUUACAGAAAAAUCUUUUCAUUGCAAUGUUUUGAAUUGAAUU